AUAUGAGUUUAUUGAUGAAGACAAAAUGUAUAUUUGUGUGUGUGUUAGUUUUUAUACGUAGUCAUGUCUAAUUGAAAAUGCUGUUAUAACAGAAUAUUCAGUUAAUUAUUUGUAACAGUUGGUCAAAAUCUACCUAAAUGAGACACCUGAUAUAAGCCUAUAUGAGCAUCGUUUGCCGCAAUGAUAAUCUUAUUUGUAUCGAUAGAAGCGAAGCGCCCUCUUAAAUAUAUUCUGAUUUGUUGGUGGAACACGACUGCCCCCUACAGAUGAUAACACUGGUAUUGCCGCUCCGAAAAAAUUCGAAAGGAUUUCCGGCAAAACCCGGAGUACCAACCCCCUUCACGCCUAAUGUUGCUGUACCUCAACCCUCCCCCGUAUCAGAGGAGUAGAAACAACAAGCCGCCAUUUUGUUUGUGCGGACAGARCGAYAGAGGCAGGAGAUACCGAGAAAGAAAGCGACUUCAGCGCCGAUAAUAGCGACUCCYAGACCCGCCGGUGAAAGAGUGGCGAUGUCGUGUCGGUGCGAAAAGAGGGAWGAAAGUAAAAARAAAAGAUAAGGCAGYAGAAGAAUGAGGGAGUGAAAAAAGGAAAAUCUCUGAAAAUCCAAGGAAGGGGUGUUUUUACGGAGUGGAGAGGAGAGGCGGAAGAAGGCAAUAUAUUUAACGAAGAAAAAWACCUGCGAGCGAAAGAAAAAAUACAACAUGAAAAAAAAAUCAUAAUUUGCCCAUCGCCACAGAUGAAAAAAUGCCCGCAUAGACAAAUAUACCGAUAAUUGUAUAUUGGGUAUUUGAGGCGGGAGUAAAAGGAAGGUUUAAAGGAAAAUAUAAAUUAGGAUAAUCGUGAAGGGGGGCAUUUACCACCACAAAGACUCAAAGGAUUUUGUGGACCACAUAUGUUUGGGGGUGUUGCUAUCAUUAUUUUAUGGACGAAGCUUGACACUUUUCUAAAAUAGCCAUAAUAUUGUAGCGACCCCUCGCUUUAUCAGAUUUUCGCUCAUCGCUGUAUUCUCUUGUUCUGGAUUUUUUUCUUCACUUGCAUUGCAACCUAAAUCAGCAUACGCAGUGACCGAUGAUUUCUUGCAAUAUUUAUCAACCAAUUUCAUCUUUCUAAUCAAUGGUGAUCUUAUUGCAGUAGGUUAUAUGAUUACCUUUGAAGAGCUUUCUUGGGUAAGCUUUAAAUCUCAACACUUGGGGAAGUAAACCAAACGUCCUCUGCAAAAUAAAACUAGGACUAAUUGAAUCAAUUUGAUAGGACAUUAAUUGGCACAUUCUGGGCUAUAACUCAAACGAUUUUUGCAACAUCAAAUCUCAGAAUUUAGCCUAAAUGAUUUGUCAUAACACAAACUAAUUGCUCAAAAUUGUAUUGCUUCAAUUUAACCUCAUUGCAUGUAAUUGGCAUAAUCGCGCAAAGGGUGCACCAUCCAAAUGUGCAUUCAGUGUCCGUUAUUUUUUCCAAUUCAGUGCCUUGCAUUGACAAACUAACAAACUAAUGUCACGAUGUAGACUACAAGUAGAUGGUAAGGGAAAUUUAUUAAAUGCAUGGAAUUAAUUUAUCGAAUAGGAGCCCAUAGGUGUAGUACAAUCUAUUGGAGAACGGAACUUGGAUCAGUCAGCMUCACUGUAUUUUUUUCAGAUUUGAAUUGCACCCCUAUACAAUGAUAUUUAUCUAAAAGACAAUGCGAAUUGUUUUCAAUGUUGAAUGAGGUUUUUAACCCAUGCUUUAAAUGCAUCUUAAACCACUAUCACUCAUUGGGACUGGGUAUCCCGGUUUCAUAGCCCCAAAUAUAGAUAAGCCUAUCAAGUUCUUGUUUCUUGACSAUCCCAAUUUACGUAUGGGGAUGAUUUUGAUAUUCUGUCACUGUCGGACACAUUCAUCCGUGUUUUUUUUAUUAGACUAAGGACCUAACGCCAUAAUUGUAUUAUUUGACAACUCAUUACUUUGUGGUAAUGUUGGGAUCAAAUUGCAUUGACUGCAAUGGCAAUUCAGACAAAGUGGAAGAUUUAUCCGUUUUCGGGUCCCUCAUAACUGUUGCAUGAGACGAGGCCCCCAAAGGUACCUACCACUGGGGUACGGUUUGCUUGCGUUCUUUAUCGCGUUUCCCAUUUUGCUUCCCUGGACACGACCCCUGAGUGGAGUGCUCUAGAAUUAAACACUCGAUUUCGCCGGCGACUAUGGCGGAAAAGACUGAUGCUGCCAUGGAGGACAGGUCUUGGGACCAUUUUUCCAACGCCAAAGAGGCUAAAUGAGAUUGUCGAAGGCCUACUUGCUUGUCUUUUUCAUCGACUCCACCUUCCCUCCUUCUAAACUCGGAGAAAUCUAUAAAGGAACAACAUCUCCGACAGGGGAGGGGGAUUGAUAGCGACGGCUAAGCAUAGAUCGAGAGUGGGAACCCUGAAAGGAAGAGUGUAUCGCAAUUGCCUCCUUUCCCCCUACCGUCCCUAAACGGUGGGGGAAGAAUCACAAACAUUUACAGAAGGGAAGUUUGAAAGAACUCAGACGCAAACAAGGGAAUAAGCCAAUCCUUCGUGGAUAUAUAGCUAUUUUUUAAUUCGUGAAAAAAUAUGGCCGAUAAUGUUCUGGAGUCCGGCCCGCCUUCAGCCAAGAGGCCUAAACUAUCAUCCCCUGCUCUCUCAGUCUCCGCCAGUGAUGGAAACGAUUUCGGUUCACUCUUUGACCUGGAGCACGACCUACCCGAUGAGCUCAUCAACUCGUCGGAGCUGGGGCUGGUCAACGGCGGGGACCUCAGCCAGCUGCACACCAGCCUGGGAGGAGGCCAGGACGCUGCUGCCAAACAUAAACAGCUCUCGGAGCUUCUCCGGGCUGGAGCGCUGCCACCCUCGGGUCAACAGGGAGCCACCAACAGCCCCGGUGGCUCCAUGGGACUCCUGGGCAGCAUGAAUGCCUCCCCUGGGCCCCAGAGUAUGGGUCCCCAGGGGCAGCACCCCUCACCCCAGCAGGCUGGCAUGAUGCAGCAGGCGGGCAUGGUGGGUGGACUGAACAGGGCCAUGAUGGGGGCCCAGAAGCGGCAACGGGACAGCAACAAGGGUCCACGCCCCAGGGCAUGAGGAGGCCAUAAUGGCUCGCCCGAAUGGGGUUACCAGGUCAAACCCGGGAAUGGGAGUAACAGUAACCUGCUGCAGAAAACACCUGCAGCGAAUCAGGGGGCAGCAAAUGGGGGCAGGGUCAGGCUGGAUGAGGCCAAGCAACCUGGAGCACUGAACAAGAUGAAUAUGAUGGCUAAUGUGGGCCCCUAUGGUGGUCCGUACGGUCAGUUAGCAGGCCAGGUUCUGGGUGGUGCUGGGCUGGGCCCACAGCACCAGAACAAGGCUGGUCUGGCCAACAGCCUGGCCCAGUUCAACCUGGACAAGAAGACACUGCCUAUACAGGGCAUGGCUGGGAUGGCCUCACAGCAGGCCUCGGCAGUAGGGCCAGUGUCGGUGGGUGGAGCGGCGGUUGGAGCCGGGGCCCAGGCUGGCCUUGGUACUGUGGCAACAGGUCCGGGGGCAGCGCCUCCCACUGCCGACCCGGAGAAGCGCAAGCUGAUUCAGCAGCAGCUGGUGCUCCUGCUCCACGCCCACAAGUGCCAGCGGCGGGAGCAGGCCAACGGGGAGGUGCGCCAGUGCAGCCUGCCCCACUGCCGCACCAUGAAGAACGUCCUCAACCACAUGACCCACUGCCAGGAAAGGAACUGCUUUGAACCUGUCCUCUCUUUAUCUGCCCCUGUAGGAGGGAACCCCAUGGGGAUGAAUGGAGGGGUGGGGGUGCAGCCCCCCAAUCAGUCCAACCUGCUACCAGACGUCAUGCUUCACAACAAUAUGAAUGUGCAAAGUUUGAUGAACGACGGCAGCGGGGUGGGCAGCCUGGGCUCCAUGCCCAUGGCGACCCCUCCCUCAGCCGCGGGCAUGAGGAAGAACUGGCACGAGGACAUCACCCAGGACCUGCGCAACCACCUCGUCCACAAGCUUGUGCAGGCCAUCUCCCACCCGGACCCGGCUAGCGCUAGAAGGACGGCGGAUGGAGACCUGGUGGCAUACGCUCGUAAAGUAGAGGGGACAUGGACCCCUUGGCAUGGGCCAGUCCCUCUGGCCCCCGGACAGCCGUCCAAUGGUUCUCAUGCUGACCCCUCCAUGGUUCGACCCACCGGACCCAAUCAGAUGGUGAACAGGAUGCAGAACCCUGCAGGGAUGAAUCAGUUUGGACAAAUGGGUAUGCAGUCAUUAGGUCAGAGGUCAACGCCUCCCCUCCCACUUGGUGGACCUCUAAAUCAGAUGGGUAUGGGGCCAACGCGGAUGGGGCAGCCCAAUGUGGCCCAGCUCCAGAACCAGUACCUCCCUUCUGGUCAGUUCCCUGGGUCCAGUCCUGGCCUCGGGGCUGGCCCAGUCGGCAUGAACCAUCCAGGGCCACAAGGAGGCGUGGCACAGCAGGCCCAGAUGCCCACGCCGCCCUCGCUCCCGGUCAGCAGCCCUGCAGCCCAGCCAGGCUCAGUGGCAGGAUCAGGGCCCUCCCAGGGCUCUAUGGGGCCAGGCAGUGUAGGUGGAGGCCCUCCUUCCAACCUGCAACUGCCCAACUCUUCUCAGCCCAACUCACACCCGCACUGCCCCCCCAUCCGACAGAACUCCCCCUCCCCGGCACGCAGCCUCACACCAACCCCUCAUCAGACGCCGCCUGGUCUGCCAGGCUCGCAAACCCCCCAGCCUCACACGCCCAACCCGCCCCAGGUUGCCGCUCCGCUCCCGCAGCUAGCGUCGUCACAGCCAAUGGGGCAAGGAAUGAACUCGGAGAAGCCCAGUCAGCUCCAGCAGCAGACAAACGGUGGUGGAGCCUCUGGAGUCCUCCAGACAGGGCAGGCUCAAUCUGUGCCUACCCAGAAUGCCCAUGUGCCAACCCAGCUUCCGCAAACUCCACUGUCUCAGAAGUCUUCACUGACGGCAGACGGCCAGGCUUCCACUCCGGCCUCGGUGAGCAGCGUGGACCCUAGCUCCCAGCUGACCUCGUCUGACGCCCCUGCCCCAGCUGAGCCCAAGAUGGAGGUGAAACAGCAGGACGAUGAGGAUGCCGAGGACCAGGGAGAGGGGAAGGCCUCUGGGAAGAUGGGCAAGGGACAGGCAGACAUCAAGUCAGAGGAGAAACCUGAGAUUAAGAAGGAGAAGCCUUCAGGCGACGGCUGCAAGGGCGAGCCUAUGGACACAUCGUCAUCGGUAGCAACGCCGAAGAUAGAGGACAGAGACAGGAAGCCAGAGGUGAAGACUGAGCCCAAAGACGAAGAGGAGAGGUCGGGGGCAUCGGGCACGCACAGCUCCCCCGCCAGCGCUCAAAACAAGAGGAAAAUCUUUAAGCCUGAGGAGCUGCGUCAGGCUCUGAUGCCCACCCUGGAGGCCUUGUACCGCCAAGACCCUGAGUCUCUGCCCUUCCGCCAACCGGUGGACCCCCAGUUACUGGGAAUACCCGACUACUUUGACAUUGUAAAGAACCCCAUAGACCUGUCGACGAUAAAGCGUAAGCUGGACACGGGACAGUACCAGGAACCCUGGCAAUACGUGGAUGACAUCUGGCUCAUGUUUAACAAUGCCUGGCUGUACAACCGCAAGACAUCCCGCGUCUACAAGUACUGCUCCAAGCUGGCCGAGGUGUUCGAAGCUGAAAUCGACCCGGUCAUGCAGGGCCUGGGCUACUGCUGCGGGAGGAAGCUUGAGUUUUCCCCCCAAACUCUAUGCUGCUAUGGGAAACAGUUAUGCACCAUCCCGCGUGACGCUGCUUAUUUUAGUUACCAGAACAGGUACCACUUCUGUGAGAAGUGUUUCAACGAAAUCCAGGGCGAGUGCGUGUCCCUGGGGGAUGAUCCUUCUCAGCCUCAGACGUCCAUCAGCAAAGAUCAGUUUCAGAGGAAGAAGAAUGACACGCUCGACCCUGAAUGGCUUGUGGAAUGUACCGACUGCGGGCGUAAAAUGCACCAAAUCUGUGUCCUGCAUAAUGACACCAUAUGGCCGGCAGGCUUUGUAUGUGACAGCUGCCUUAAGAAGGCCAAUAAGACGCGGAAAGAGAACAAAUACGCGGCCAGAAGGCUCCCCCAAACUAAGUUGGGCAGCUUCCUAGAGGGGCGAGUGAAUGACUACCUCAGGCGGCAGAACCAUCCAGAGUCUGGUGACGUCACUAUCCGUGUGGUCCAUGUCUCCGACAAGGUGGUGGAGGUCAAGCCAGGCAUGAAGUCCAGGUUUGUGGACACCGGGGAGAUGUCCGAGUCCUUUCCCUACAGAACGAAGGCGCUGUUUGCAUUCGAGGACAUAGACGGGGCUGACGUCUGCUUCUUCGGCAUGCAUGUGCAGGAGUACGGUUCAGACAGCCCUCCGCCCAACCAGAGACGAGUGUAUAUCUCUUACCUGGACAGCGUGCACUUCUUCCAACCUCGACACCUCCGCACAGGCGUCUACCAUGAGAUACUCAUAGGGUACCUGGAGUACGUCAAGAAGUUGGGGUUUACAACAGGGCACAUCUGGGCUUGUCCCCCAAGUGAAGGGGACGACUACAUCUUCCACUGUCAUCCUGUGGACCAGAAGAUCCCCAAGCCCAAGCGUCUACAGGAGUGGUACAAGAAYAUGCUMGACAAGGCCGUAGCUGAGCGCAUUGUGCAUGACUACAAGGACGUCUUCAAGCAGGCCACAGAGGACCGUCUCACCAGUGCCAACGAGCUACCAUACUUUGAGGGGGACUUCUGGCCCAACGUGCUGGAGGAGAGCAUCAAGGAGCUGGAGCAGGAGGAGGAGGAGAGGAAGAGGGAGGAGAACAGCACCUCCAGCGAGAGCGUAGAUGCCCCGAAAAGUGACAGCAAGAAUGCCAAAAAGAAGAACAGUAAGAAGACGAGCAAGAACAAGAACAGCAGCCUGAUCCGAGCCAAUAAGAAGAAACCAGGGAUGCCCAAUGUGUCCAAUGACCUCUCCCAGAAGCUCUAUGCUUGUAUGGAGAAACACAAGGAGGUGUUCUUUGUGAUCCGUCUCAUCGCCGGCCCCACUGCCAACUCCCUGCCCCCCAUCACGGACCCGGACACCCUAAUGGCCUGCGACCUGAUGGAUGGGCGUGACGCCUUCCUGACGCUGGCCCGGGACAAGCACCUGGAGUUCUCCUCCCUGAGGAGAGCCAAGUGGAGCUCCAUGUGCAUGCUGGUGGAGCUACACAAUCAGAGCCAGGACCGCUUCGUCUACACCUGCAAUGAGUGCAAGGCAAGRGUGGAGACACGCUUCCACUGCACRGUCUGCGAGGACUACGACCUGUGUAUCACCUGCUAUAACACUAAGGGCCAUGAACACAAGAUGGAGAAGCUGGGCCUGGGCCUGGACGACGAGAGCAGCAACGCAGCGGCCGCUGCCACUCAGAGCCCCGGGGACUCCCGCCGCCUCAGCAUUCAGCGCUGCAUCCAGUCCCUGGUCCACGCCUGCCAAUGCCGCAAUGCCAACUGCUCCCUGCCGUCCUGCCAGAAGAUGAAGCGUGUGGUGCAGCACACCAAGGGAUGCAAGCGCAAGACCAACGGUGGCUGCCCCAUCUGCAAGCAACUCAUUGCCCUGUGCUGCUACCACGCCAAGCACUGCCAGGAGAACAAGUGCCCCGUACCCUUCUGCCUCAACAUCAAGCACAAGCUCCGCCAGCAGCAACUCCAGCACCGCCUCCAGCAGGCUCAGAUGCUUCGGAGAAGGAUGGCCAGCAUGCAGCGGGUGGGCCAGCCUGCCUGCGGUGGAGGAGGACCUCCUGGGGGGCUGCCAUCACCAGGUAACAAUGGUACCACAGCCCCUAGUACACCCACAUCAGGAGGCACCCAGCCCCCAACACCACAGACACCCACCCAGCCCAACAUGCCUCCUGGGCCCCAGCCAGGGAUGGGUGGUGGAGGAACUUUACUGCUGCAGCAGCAAGGUGGGAUGCCUCAGCAGCACCACCAGCUUCACCACCAGUUCCAGCAGAUGCCUGGAGGAGGGGGGAUGAUGAACUCCCCCCAGCAACAGCAGAUGGUUCCUCAGGUCCAGCAGCAGUCCCAGGCCUCAAACCCCCCACAGCUCCAGCAACACCCCAACAGCCUGCCCCCUUACACCAACAGGCCUCCAGGCUCCUCACCGCACCCUCAGUCCCAAGGAAAACCGGGCCUGGGACCAGCCACACCACCUCAGCAGCAACCACCACAACAGCAGCCCAACCCUGGCCAGCCUUCUAUGCAGCAGCAGCAACCUCCUUCAGGGCCUCCUCCAGCGGCUGUGGAGAUCGCCAUGAAGAUUCAACAAGUGGCAGACGCACAAAGGAAGAUGUCUCUGCAGAGGCAGGCGGCGCAGGCAGCUGGCAUGAUGCCUCCGCACCCUCACCACCAACAGCCCCAGGGCCAGAUGGGUAUGGCCCACCCUGGGGUGGGCAUGGUGGGGGCCCAGGGGCUGCCUCCCCAGGCUCAGGCGGCUCAGGCAGCCCAGGCAGCUCAGGCUGCUGCCAGGGCUCACAUGGAGCAGCAACAACAGCAGCAGCAGCAGCAGCAGCAGCAGGGUCCUCCAGGUAUGAUGGUGGGCACUGGCCCCAUGCAGCAGCAGCCCCAGCAGCCUAACCCCCAGGGUCAGCUGCCUCCACAGGUGCAGCAGCAGAGGGUUGGUCCCCCGCUUCAGAACCCCCAGCAACAGUGGGCUGGCCAGGGAAUGCCACCUCAGCAGAGGCAAGCCAUGAUGGGACAUCCAGGCAUGGUGGCGCCUCAGCAGCAACAACCGCAGCAAAUGCAACAGCGGCAGCAGGCUCAGGGACCUGGUGGGUUGAUUGGUAUGGUGCAGCAAGGUGGUGCAGCUGGGGGUGGGAACCUCCCGCAGGCUGCCCUUCAG